AUGCCGCUGGGGGUCCUGUUCAGCACCCCGGUCUGGGGCCCCGGCCCUGUCCUCUUCCUCUCUGCCUGCCUGCUGGGUCUGUGGGUAAGGGCCCGGCAGAGGAUUCAACCCUGGGACCUCCAGCGCUGCCCCACUGACCUCACUGGGAAGACGGCCGUGGUGACGGGGGCCAACAGUGGUAUUGGGAAGGUCGUGUGCCAGGAGCUGGCUCGCCGAGGGGCCCGCGUGGUCCUCGCCUGCAGGGACCCAGAACGUGGGCGCAGAGCCCUCGCCGACAUCCAGGCCGCGUCUGGCAGCGGCCGCCUGCUGCUCGGGGAGCUGGACGUCAGCUCUCUAGCCUCAGUCCGGCGCUUCGUUCAGUGGCUUUUACAGGAAGAGCCCGAGAUCCACCUGCUCGUCAACAACGCGGCCAUCUCUGGAAUUCUCCCGAAGACACUCACUCCAGAGGGCCUGGAUGUCACCUUUGCCACCAACUACAUUGGGCCCUUUCUGCUCACAAACCUGCUCCGAGGGGCCCUCCAGAGGGCCGGGUCCGCCCGCGUGGUGAACGUGAGUUCCUACCGACAAGCUUUCGGCUUCAUUGACGAGCAGCACCUCACGGGGGCCGGCCGGCCACUGCGUCCCAAGGAGAUCUAUGACUGCACCAAACUGCUCUUAACCUCCUUCAGUGCGGAGCUUGCCCGGAGACUGGACGGCACAGGGAUAGCCGUGAACUCGGUGGAGCCUGGGAUCGUGUACACGGACAUCAUGAAGCACUACUCCUGGUUUUAUCGCUUCCUCUUCUGGCUCAGCAGCUUCUUCAUCAAGAGUCCCCGGCAUGGUGCAAUUCCCGUUCUCUACCUGAGCCUGGCACGGGAGCUGGAUGGCAUUUCUGGGAAACACUUUAACAGUUCCUGCGUGGUAAGCCUUCCUGCCGAAGCCGCUCAGGACCCUCACACAGCCCGCAGCCUCUGGAGCGCCACCGUCCGACUAACAAGUCUGGACAAGAUGGACUGA